AUGAAAGACCACUUACAGGAUGAUGAUACGCAGCUUGCUGCUAUGGGUCAUAAGCAAGAGCUGAAGCGUCAAUAUUCUACAUGGUCAAUGCUGGGAUUGGCGUUUUCUGUACUUAAUUCAUGGACCGCACUAUCAGCCAGUUUAUCAAUCAGUCUUACAUCUGGUGGGAGCACUAGCGUAAUCUGGGGCCUGGUGACUGCUGGAUUUUGUAAUCUUUGCAUUGCUGCUUCUUUGGCCGAAUUUCUUUCCGCCUACCCAACUGCUGGUGGACAAUAUCAUUGGGUUGCAGCCAUCGCGUGGCCAAGAUGGGUCUCUGCUCUUUCUUGGAUUACAGGUUGGGUCAAUGUUGCUGGAUGGGUUGCUCUCGUUGCAACCAAUUCACUGCUCGCUAGUCAACUCGUUGUGGGUAUCAUUUCAGCCAUGCACCCGACUUACUCGCCACAACGAUGGCAAGAGUUCCUCAUCUAUGUUGGAUUAACAUUAGGAGUUUUCUUAGUCAAUGCCUUUAUGAACUCCAUCCUUCCAAUAAUCUAUCGCGGUGCCUUCGCGUGGUCAAUCGGUGGAUUCAUCGUCAUUUGCAUCACUGUAUUGGCGUGUGCCUCUCCUAACUACAACUCAGCCUACUUUGUCUUUUGCAAAUUUGUCAACACAACAGGCUGGCCUGAUGGUGUCUCCUGGCUGCUUGGAUUGCUACAAGGAGGACUCGGUGUGACAGCCUUCGAUGCUGUUGCUCACAUGAUUGAAGAGGUUCCAAAUGCAUCAGUUGAAGGGCCAAAGAUCAUGGUAGCAUGUGUAGUAAUCGGUACCUUUACCGGCUUUAUCUUCCUAAUGGUCCUGCUCUUCGUGGCAGGAGAUAUGACAACAAUUACCACUUCUGCAGCUGGACCCCUUCUUCAGAUCUUAAUUGAUGCCACAAAAAGCAAUGCAGGCGCAAUCUGUCUUCUAAUGUUGCCCAUUAUUUGCCUGAUUCUUGCAAUCCUGAGCGUAAUGACAACCAGCAGCAGAAUGAUCUACGCCUUCGCAAGAGAUGGUGGACUUCCAGCGUCUAAGCUCUUUGCUACUAUCCACCCCACCCUCAGGCUACCACUCAAUGCUCUCAUUUUGACUGUUGUGGUGGUUAUCUGCUUUGGUUGUAUCUUCCUAGGUUCUUCGAGUGCAUUCAAUGCCAUUAUUUCUGCAUCAGUGGUGGCUCUAGAUCUAUCAUAUGGAAUACCAAUUCUUGUCAAUAUCCUCCAAGGACGCAGAGCUCUCCCGGAUAGAAAGUUCAAGCUGCCCAACGCCGUAGGAUGGUUUGUUGACUUGGUUUCUUUGGCAUAUAUCGCUUUGACAACUGUGUUGUUCGUGUUCCCUCCAUCAAGCACCGUCACUGGAAGUAGCAUGAACUACUGCAUUGCUGCAUUUGCCGUUAUAAUCAUCAUUUCUGUGUUCCAGUGGAUUGUUGACGGACGGAAGAACUUUACCGGUCCUCGAUCUGACAUGACUAUCGAUGCACUGGAUAAUCCAUCUGCUCAGGAUGAGGAGGUGCAGAUUUAUGAAAAAUAG